UGUGGGCCACGAUCUUAGUGGCGGGCAUGGUGUUGCUGAAAGCGGAGUUAUUAAAUCCGCGACCCGCCGCCCGCGUCUGGGCCCGGGCCCAGGGGUCUGUUCCACCCGCGGAACCCGACACAUUCUCCUGGCUCCUGAGUCCUGACACUUCAUGUUAAGAACACACGCUACUUCGUACACGACUGCAUUUCCAGAACCCUUUUUUUCUUUCUUUGUCACCAAGUCUCGACAAGCAACUAUCUAACGAGGUGACAGGAUGAGGGACGACAACCUUAAGGUGGAGAAGCGGAACAGACCGCCCAAGUCAUGCGACCCCUGUCGGCUUCGCAAGAUGAAGUGCAAUAGGACGUUACCUUGCGACACUUGUGUCAGAAGAGGCAAGUCAUCAUCGUGCCAAUAUGCUUCCAAUGCCGACAGGAGCAACCCACGGGCUACGAAUAAGGUGACUGUGAUAGAGCGCCUGAGGAAUUUGGAGAACAUGGUAGUCGCUCUAGGAGAAGUGCAUGGUCACCAGGGUUCCACGGUAGUACCUCCACCACUGGCAGGACAAGGUCAGUCGACUACUAAUGUGGACAUACAACCAACGAACGACUCGCUUCUGCUCACCAUACCCGGCCCUGCUGUCCCGACCGUCGCCUCGGUGCAAAGAGGAGGCCCCCCAUCGCAAGCUAAUACCCACGUAAUCCCUCAGACUAGGAGUCAAAAGGGGUUCUACGUGGACCCCAGCCAUUGGUCGUCCCUUCUGGAAGAUAUCCGGCAUAUUCGAGACGAGCUUUCCCCCUCUCACACCAGUAUCGACGAGGAGACGUGGAUAUCAUCAAAUCCGUCUGUCAAUGCUGAAGGGAACAGCGCUGAGGGAACGCCAAACUCCGAUCUCGUCUUUGGCGCCAUUGGGCCGUUAGACAUAACCCAAAUCCUUGAAAAUCUGCCAUCGAGGAGCGCUUGUGAUAGACUAGUCUCUCACUAUUUCAGGGCAAGGCACGCCCUUCUGCCUAUUGUACACCCCGUCAAGUUCCAGCGAGAUUACGUGUCGUUCUGGGAGGCACCGCAAUCUGCUUCACCCAUAUGGAUUGCUCUACUCUUUGCCAUCCUAAGCUUGGCUAAGAGCAUGUCGGAGCUGUCAGGCACAUCUCAUGGGGCAGCGGAGCCGAUACCCUCAGCCAAGUUACUCUCUCGGGCCACCGAACAGUGCCUUGUAUUUGGGGGAUAUGCCCGCGCGCGCGAGCACUGUCUGGAAGUCUUGCUGGUCCAUCUUCAAAGCUGCUAUAUAAGAUCCAAGGACUCAGACCUUAACCUCUGGUUGUUCAUGGGGGUUAUUAUUAGAUUGGCUUUGAAGAUGGGGUACCACCGUGAUCCGGCCAAGCUGCCGAAAGCAGAGUUCUCGCCAUUCGAGUCCGAGAUGCGGCGUCGUGUCUGGGCCACCAUCUUCCAAAUAGACACUCUGAUGUCGUUUCAGAUGGGACAUCCCAGCAUGAUACCGGUUGACUGUUGCGACGUGGAAUUGCCUCGGAAUCUGGAGAAUUCGGACUUUUGCCCAGAGACGGUCGUGUUGCCCGAAGCACGUCCUGUGACAGACUGCACUCCGGUACUGUAUACAAUCGCGAAGGCUUCGGUCAUGUCAAUGUUUAGAGCUGUCGUCAGCCAUACCCGGUCCUUAGCCUCGCCCCCUUACGACCAGACAUUGGCCCUCGACGAGCAGCUGAGAAAUGCAUACUCCAACAUCCCCCCAGCUCUCAAGUACGUACCUAUCAGUCAGUCGAUAGUCGACAGUCCCGGCAUUAUUAUGGACCGAACUACAAUUGAAAUACUCCAUCUCAAAAGCAUCAUCGUCCUGCAUCGGCAAUACAUCACAGCUUGUCGAGAGAACCCGCUCUUCAAUACCUCCAGGUCCGCAUGCUUACAGGCAGUCGAGUCGGUUCUUAGUCGACAAGUGGAACUACAUGAAGCAACGCAACCAGGCUGCCAGCUCUACGACCAAAAAUGGAUGGUGUCGGCGCUCACGACCAACGACUUCAUCCUGGCUGCUAUGGUCCUAUGUUUGGAGCUGACUAUUCGAACGCAGCGGCCGAGCCUCUGUACUAGUAGUGCGGGGAAAGGACCGAAUCUCAUGGUCGAGGAUCCCGAGUUUGCAAGGUAUUUCCAACUGCUUCAACAGAGCCAAAGAAUUUUUGCGGGGGCUAGUGACUCCUCUGCCGAGGCCCGUGUUGCUUCCGAGGCGAUAUCCUCUACGGUCCGCAUGGUAGCGGAUGGUGUAAAGUUACGGCCGGGGACCCCCAGACAUGGGCUACACCAUCCUACACCUGGUUCGUACAGCGGAGUGGUCGAAGCCCGAUUGCCUCCAAAUACGCAGAUACCCACUGGCAUGAUAUAUGGCGAGACGCCGUACGUUGACUGGGGCGUUCUUGAUAAUCCACUUCAGGAACCACUGAGCGAUGCUUUAGACCUGGAGUCUUGGAUCAUGGAAGCUCUUGAGGCGUCUGGACCAGUGGACCCAUAGAUGGUGCAAGAUUAGUACCAUCAUUGCAGGUGCAGGUGUGAACAAACUGCGACCCGGGAAGAUAGGAGAGGAGAAGGAGCGACGUCAGUAUUCGGUUGUAAUCCAGUUGGAUGUCCAUCGCUAGGGGCGCAACUCUAGGUAUCCACCUGAACUUACCGAGCUUACAUACCUCCCCGCGUACUUUUGGGUUGUG